GAGGGCAAACAGGCUUUGUGGACCCAGGGUGAAAACACAGGAGCAUUUAAGCAGCAUCUUUUUCCCCCAUCAAGCUUGAAUAAUUUUACCUUCUUUGCCCCCAACCAAUUACACUAAGAUGGCAUAAGGAGAGCGGAAUCCAUUCCCCGACAACAACAUCGUCGUGUUAUAGGCUAGGCUACGUUUACCAAGAUCUACUCAUGACCGAUUUAGGAGAGCAGACAGUUGUUAAAAUACUUGGUUUCCACAGGCCGAAAUUAGCUUUGAUGCAUUAUUCUAGCGACUGGUUUACUCGUGAUGGGGAAUGAAACAAAACAAAGUCGGCAGAAUGCCGGAUAAGGACACGGAUAUGCCUGGAACCAUAAGGACAGUAUAGCCAGGACUGGCUUAUUCGGAAUUUCCGAUCGAACAAUUUCUUUUAUCAAGUUUACCUAUUGUGGAUGAUGGAUGGCCGUGAUUUUGGACACCCCAGAUCUGUUCACGUCCCCCCUCCUUUGCUGUCGGGAUUGGCAAUGGAGCCACACCGACUUGGAGCAGCCGCUGCAGCCGGGAGAAUACCCCCGUCCCCCGGUCACUUGGGCGCGGGGCACCCGGCGUCAAUUCACUCUGGAAAAUUCUUAUCGUCUGCCAUUAACCUACAUUCUCAUCACAGUGAUGCCUUCCCAGGUGCCUCCAGUGGCUUCCUCAGCAGCUAUGUGAGCGGUUCCAACCCUCACACCACCCCCAGUGGCCUCUCCUCCGAGCCCUCGUUCAGGCCCCCCAACCCCUCCGGCAUUCCCAUGGCCCAGCUGUGGGCGUCCCAUGAAGGUUACUCACAUCUGCCUGGCAGUUUGUACUCCAGCCCCUACAUUCCCGUUGGCCAUAUGGAACACCCACAGCUGGGCCAGCAUGCACUCUUCGACUCACAAAAAGAAGGCUUCUACCUGCCCAGUCCUGUGGGGCAGCAGUCUUUGCACUCCCAGUCCAGCCUCUCCCGCAGCCCUGGUGCCCACAUGUCCAGCUCCCUGUCCAGGGAGAAGGAGCCUCUGCCUGCCCACAAAAGCCUGAGGGAGCCUGUGAGGGAGCGGGACAUGGGGAAGGAAAAGGCCUUCAAGAUCGAGUUGGGAACGCCGCUGCACCGGCGGGAACGGGAGCGAGAGCGGGAGCGAGAUCGAGAGCGCGACCGGUCCAGGGAGGAGCAGCGUCCGCACAGCGUCGUGGACCUGACGCAAGACGUCAAGACCGAGGACGAGCGGGAGCGGCAGCCCCUCUCCGGGUCGGAGCGUCUGGGAAAGGGCGGCGCGGAGCACGCGUGGCCGGCCUUCCACCAGCACCCGUUCGGGCCGAACGCGCCCGACGCCAAGCCCAAGCACCCGCUGCAGACGUCGUCGCUCAGCAACUGCAGGAGCGGGGGCGGGCAGGGCGGUUCCUCGGCCAGGUGCUCCAGCGGAGAACCCGACCGCGACCGGGGCCCCCGCGACGACGAGAACGCUCGGCCCAGCGUCGGCGGCGGGCACCACCACCACCACCACCACCUCGGCGGCCACGUGGAGCGGCAGAAGCGCUGCGACUCGGUGUCGGGCGCUCCCGCAGGUCCCCUGCACAUGUCGUACGCCGUGCCCCCCUCCCUGCAGAGCCCGCUGCCCCACCUGCCUCCCCGGCUGGUGUCUUCUGGCACCUACCCUCCCCCUCACCACAUGCCGCCCGGCCUGUACCCCUUCUACUCGGCCGCCAAGGAGCCAGGAAAGGAACACCGAGUGAUCGCUCCCACGUAUGUGCCUUCUGUCGAGGUUUACGACGAGAGGAAAGGACCCAUCCAGAUUGCCUCGCAAGCUCGAGACAAUAAAAAUGACAAAAGCAGGGAGCGGGAGCGGGAGCGGGAGCGGGAGAGGGAGAGAGAACGAGAUAGAGAAAAAGACAGAGAAAGAGAGCGGGAGAGAGACCGGGAAAGAGAACGCGAUAGAGAACGGGAGAGGGACAGGGAAGCCUACAGAUCAGUGCCGCUGGUUGACAGGACUCACAUCGACCACGGGCGGCCCUUGGUUCGAAACGAGUCCCCCCCUCACCCAGACUACAAAAGAGACCUCUUGAGGGAGGAAGGCUCUGUCAUAAGGUCAAACGGUUUAGCCAUAAAACGGCCCCCUCCCUCCGACAUGUGCACGAGCAAAUCCAGGCACAGCCCCGACGCCCGGGACUACCCCGGCGGCCCGCCCAGACACCCCAUCAGAAUGGGCCUGGAGGCAGAAAACCGUAGCCAGGAGCGAGAACGAGAACGAGAACGAGAACGGGAGCGUGAGCGAGAACGGGAACGGGAGCGGACAGGCCGACCUGCGCACCCCUUCGCGGGGAUGGACCCGGCUGCACUGCACACAGACCCGCAUCCCCUGAAGGGCUUUGCGAGCGCCGAGCCCAAAUGGAAGCCUUUUGACAUGGGCAACUACGCCACCAGCCACAUGGCUGCGCUGGCCGCCCACCACGGACACGUGGGCCGCGGAGGGGACGAGGACGGGGGCAAGCGAAUGUACCUCGACCCCUCCGGCCUCCACCACAGGCCCGCCGGCAGCGGGGGCAGCCCCGAGGGCCUCCAGCCGGACCCUCACCCCGCGGGCGAGGUGUCGGCCAUGCAGAGCCUCAUCAAGUACAGCGGAAACUUCUCCGGCGAACCCGGCGCCAGGCACCCGUCCUCCUCCUCCUCCUCGUCCUCCUCCUCUGCCUCCUCCGGCGGGGGCAGGAGCCCGUUCGGCGGGCUCGGGAGCAUGAAGCUAGAGGCCGGCCACGGUCACGGCCAAGGGCACAGCCACGGUCACGGCCCGGGACCCGGCGCCGUGUCCAAGGUGCAGCACCUUCCCCCGCAGCAGCCCGGCAAGCAGCUGAAGAGGGACCCGGAGAGACCCGACAGCGCCAAGUCCUUCGGCAGAGACGCGGGCGGAGGCAUCGGCGGCAUGGGCAGCGCUCAGGGGGAGGUGGAGGUGCGCCAUCCGCCCGUGGGCAUCGCCGUGGCCGUGGCGCGCCAGCGAGACAACAGCAGCAAACCCAGCUCAGGACCAGGGGACCGCGAGAGGACCAUCCCUGGAGGAGGCAUCAAAAACUCAGGUCACGCCGAGGACGAUCGAGGAGAUGAGCGCACACGUCACCGUGACGACCGGCUCCUCACUGGCCGCCUCGAGCGAGACCAGGAGAAGGUUUUGAGGGAGAGUAAGGAGCUGGCUGAGUACACUCAGAUGCACCCCCCAAUGGUGUCAGCCAGUGGACUCAACCCUAACCUGGUGGUGACCGGUGGGCCGGCCCUGGCUGGACCGGGGCGUUGGCCCGGCGACCCGGCCUCCCACCUGGCCUCGCACCCCUGGCUCCCGCGCUCCGGCACGCCCUCCGUCUGGCUGCAGGGGUCACCCUACGGCCUGCCACCCCCCUCCCUGCACCAGGGCCUGUCCCCUGGCUACCCUCCUGCCAUGCAGGGCUCCAUCCCAGCACCGUACCAGUUUGCCCGCGAUCCCCAGUCCGGCCAGCUGAUUGUCAUUCCUGCGGAGCAUCUCUCCCAUUAUGCUGCGGCGGAGUUGAUGGAGCGGGCGCCCCCUCUGUGGCCCGCGCUGUACCCCCCGGCGGGCAGCUCCCUGCAGCACGCGCACCAGCUCCAGCUGCUCUCCCACCAGCAGCUCGUGCGCCAGCAGGAGCUCUACAUGAUCCAGCAGCAGGCCGCGCAGGUCAUGGAGAUGCAGAGGAACGCACAGUUCGUGGAGAGACUAAAGGCCAGUGAACAAAGGGCCGACAUGGAGGACAAAGUGGACAAGCGGGGCGGUGAGGGGACCCACAAAACGGGCCUCUCGGCCGUCUCGGCCCCGCCGCUGCACCCCCGCAAGCCGCCGCACCACCACCACCACCACCACCGCUCGCCGACGCCGUCCACCUCGUCCUACAGCAAGGCGCUCACGCCGCUGCCCAUCGCCCCGCUGCCGUCCCCAUCCGUCACGGCGCUCAAGUCCGAGGAGCAGCAGCAGCAGCACCUCAAGGCCGAGAAGCCCUUCCCGCCGCAGUCCUACUCGCACCCGUCCACCCCGGCCCCGCACCCCCCCAGCCCGGCCUCGGCCUCCCCGCCGCCCCCCUCGCCCAUCCGGCCCAAAGAGGAGUCGCUGGAGGUGGCUGAGAAGGAAGGCCUGGAGCUGCAGAAGCAGGCCUCAGCCCCCUUUCAGUCCAUGUAUCCAGAACUUCCUCCCGGCUACCCGUACCAGCCCCUAGCCGCUCCGUUCGCCAGCCACUACCCUUACCUCCUCCAGCCGGCGGCGGCCGCCGACGCCGAUGGCCUCGCCCCGGACGUGCCUCUGCCCACCGAGCCCUCGGAGCGCCUGGCGUCCUCGGCCGACGUCAAGCCCCGGCACCUGUGCUCGCCGGUGGUGGUGGAGCCGCUGCAGGCCUCCCGGGAGCCGGAGGCGGCGGAGAGGAAGAGCGGCGGCGGUGUCUGUGGCGUCCCCCCCCCCUCCUCCUCCCCCAAGCAGGAGCCCCAGCUGGAGGACUGCAAGGAGGGCCUGAGCCAGGAGGGCCUGGGGGAGGCAGCCGUGGCCACAGCAGCGGCCGUCUGCAUGGUGGACGCCACCAGCCCGCCGGGCCUGGACGUCCAGGAUCGACUGGACGAGCGCAUGGAAAGCGUCAAGGAGGCACCUGGCGGAGGCAUCAAGGUGGAGGUGGCGGCGUCCUCGCCGUACGGUUGCGCCCAUCCGUACUCCGUCCUCGAGGGCCCGGUCCCAGACGGCAGGCCCAAGGUGGAGGUCCCGGAGAGGUACAUCAGGCUGGCGGACUCGUCCUUCCAGCCCUGUGCGGGCCCGCCCGAGGUCCGUCCCCAGGAGGCCGAGCCGGUGCGUCCAUCCGAGCAGGCCGUCCCCGCGCCGGAGCAGCUCAGCGCGGCCCGUGAGCCACAGGAACCCGUGUUCGCGUCCGUAUCCGCUUCCUCCGUGUCGGCGUGUCCGGACGACGAGGCCCCGCAAUCCGACAAUCUAUUCCCCGCACACCCCUCUCCCGCGCCCCUGCACUCACCCCUCCCUGUCCCGCUCCCGCCCGCCAGCCCCGUCCUCACCAUCCUGCCCGAGGACCCCAUGGCGGGCAUGAUCGCCCUGCUGGCCGCCAGCGAGUUGCCGCAGGCCGGCUCCCUGUCCGUCCUGGCAUCCGAGCGCAGCGCGGGCAUCUCCCCUCUGGAGUCGUCGGCCCUGGAGGGCAUGGCCCUGCUCAGCCAGCUGGCCGAGCUGGAGAUGGAACGGCGGCAGGACGACGCGGCACAGCGCCUGGACUUCUGCGCCCUGGACAGUCUCCUCGAGGCCAGCAGGCAGAUUCUUCUGGAGGCCAUCGAGAGCCAGUCGCACAUCCAGCUGCCCCGAGAACUCGACCCCAACAAGCAGUACAGCUGGAGGCAAAAGAAGGAUGAGCCAAUGUUCUCCAAGGCCUCGCUGGAGGCGAUCGACGCCAUGGAGGUGGAGUACCGCAUCCGUCUGGCCGAGCUGCAGAGGAGGUACAAGGACAAGCAGCGGGAGCUGGGCAAGCUGCAGAGGUGGAAGGACAGCCAGGAUUUUAGGGAGAAGCACCAGCAGCAGCAACAGCAACAGCAGCAGCUGCUCCAGCAACAGCAGCAGCAGCAGCAGCAACAGGAGGAGGCCAACAGGAACCUGGGCCGACGAGGGCCGGGGCGGCCGCGCAAGCGCAAACACGGCCUCUGUGCGCUCUCGCUCUCGCCGCAGAGGACCGCCAGCAAACCGGACGCCAAGUGCGCAAAGACGGGCAGGGGGCUGCACUACUCAGAGGACUCAGAAAGCGGGGAAGUUCUGAGGAAACGGUUUCGUGCGUCCAGUCGGGAGGAAGACGAGGAGCUGGACAGCGGAGCCAUGCGGGGCAAGAAGAAGCAGAAGCGGUGGAACGACCCGGAAGCAUCGUCCAGUUACUCCCACGAGGUGCCUAAAAAGGCCCAUAAAAAGGGCCGAGUGAGUGAGCAGGAGCAGCUGGCCACCAAGCUGGACAAGGCCUUGUCGCUCACUAAACUGGGUAAAUUCAACAAGUCCUCCUGUAGGUUUACAGACACCCCCUCGGGGAAGUCUAGGGCUAGCGGGGGCAGCGGAAGCGGCGGCAGCGGUAGCAAGCGGCCCGCGCUCUCCGACGCCGACUCCCGGGCAGGCCGGCCGAGCAAGUCGCCGGGCCUGUCCAAAGACCUCGGCGCCUUCAUGCACAAGUCCUCGUCCAAAGGAGGUAAAAGCAAAAUGGCCGGCAAAACAAAAAACCCGGACGCCUCGAGCCUCAAGGGGAGAUCUCAGCGGAAGGUGUCGUACUCCCCGGCGAGAUCCGAAGCCAGCAGCUACUCCAACAACACCGACUCCGAGGACGAGGACUCGCUGAAGGACGGGUGGCCCCCACGCUCCAUGCUCAGCCGGCCCAGUAGCUCGCGCCACCCCAUGCCGGGCAUGUCCAGCACUCCGUCCAAGAAAAAACGCUCGGCGUCGUCGAAAAGGGCCUGCGCCUCGCCGGCAACCCUCAAAGCCAAGCAGGCGGCCAAAGACCGGAAACACAAGCACUUUGCAAUGCUGCUGCAGGAGGCAGGCGUCAGCUCCUCAGAGGACUCGUUCGACCAAGAGUAUCUCACAGAUAGGGAUGACGAGGAUGACGAGGAUGACUACAAGGAAGACGAGUACGAGUACGAUCUGGACGAGAGCGACGGCCUGUGCUCGUCGUCGUUCGAGGAGAGCGGGCUCGGCAUGCUGGCCCGCUUCGCCGCCAGCGCCAUUCCGAGUCCAGUGGUCAGCAACCCCCUGUCCCUCAUCCAGCUGGAGGCCAAGGACAAGGCCAAGAAGAAACAGGAGCGGCAAAGCAUUCUGGGCCCUGACUUUGAUUUCACCGACUCGGAGAGCGACGGAAAGAUCCGGAAAAAGUUCCCCUCCCUGCUCCAGGGCAAGCGCUCUGCUCCAGAGCUCCCCCUGCUGCCCCCGGCCAGUGUGGUGCGCGAGGAGUCCAGCCCCAGCAAGCGCGGACGGAAGCCCAAGAAGGUCAAAUCGCCCCGGGAGUUCAGCCUGGACUUUGGGGUCGACGGCAGCGACGAUGACCGCUGGACGCGGCGGCGCAGCGAGCGCAUCUUCCUCCACGACGCCGCCGCGGCCAAUCCCGUCUCGCCCACCAACAAGCCCCCGCCUCCCCGCCCCCCCAAAUCCAACCCUCAGAGCCCCAAGGAAGUCAGCAAGCCCAAGGAGAUGAAGGAGCUGAAGGAUCUGAACAAGAAAAAGAAGGGCAAGGAGAGCCCGACAUGUGUGGCACCCCCUCAGCUGUCCAGUUCGCACAUAGAGAACACCCCUGUCGUGCCAGUCAGCCCUGGACGCAAGGCCAAGGUCAAGCCCAAAGCCAGAGAGCAGGUGCGCUCAGGAAAGGGCGGUGCCGUCAGCAGGCUGAUGGAAAGCAUGGCGGCCGACGAGGACUUCGAGCCCAACCAGGACAGCAGCUUCUCCGAGGACGAGAACGUAUCUGUCAACACAUCCCAGCCGGAGAGGCCCUGCACACCUG